AUGACAACCACACCACAAGUCGAGUUGAACACGUCGAUCUAUGAGCUUUUGUUGCCGGUGACCAGCGUCACGCGAGGUAUGGAUGAUGUGACUAACAAGUCAUCACCUACCAUGAGAGCCAGUACGAGGAGUGACGGCUGCCAGGUCGGAUACAAACGCCUCGCCAGCAGCUGUUUCCAGCUCCACUUCCGACGAAUGACCUGGAUGAAAGCCAAAGAGGCCUGCAAGAAGGAGGGAGCGAGGCUAGCCAUGCCCAAAACAAAAGAAUUGGACAUCGCUUUGAGACACCUGGUCCGCACGGAAGGCCAAAACAUGGGCUAUUGGAUCGGCUUGAAGGAUAAAGAACGCCUCAUAUGGAAGAAGCGCUGGGUUUGGGACGAUGGGUCCAAAUUGGGCAAAUACAAGAUAAGUUCAGGUCGUCUCUUGUACAUCUUAACGAAGAGUGCCUGA